UUAAGUUAUGUUAAGGUCACAAAGCAUUUCAUCACAGCUUGCAAUCCUAUAUGUUGCUCAUAGUCACUGCCACAUUGCAAAAGAUGAUCAUUUAAAUGCCACACGUAAGUCUUUAUUCAUGCUACCAUACUACAAAACAUGCUAACUUGACAAAUCUUUAAUUUAUUCCCUAGUACAAAAGAAAAAUUGAGAAAACAUAUUGUUACUCAGCAAAACUGACUUUAUUCUCCCCUUCCAAGUCCCUUUUCUUAUGUUCUUAUGUUCAGGUAAGGUUAUAUACAUUUAAUUACAGCCUGCAAUCCUUUACUUUCUUUUCAGUCACUCCACAUUGCAAAAGAUGAUAAUUUAAAUGCCACACUUAAGUCUCUAGUCAUGCUACUAUACUACAAAACACGCUAACUUGACAAAACUUAUUCCCUAGUACUAAACAAAACUUGAGGAAACAUAUCAUUACUCAGCAAAACAGUGACUUUAUUCUCCCUUUCCAGACAAUGGCAGGUUUCCAGGAGCCUCCCAUCAAGAAAGCAAAGAAUGACCGAACAGUUGACCUCAGUGCCAACACCUCACAGGCCCCGACACAGCCGAGCCCAAGCCAGGCAGCAAAUGGCCACACCAAGGCAAGGGAUGGCUUGGGGUCCUUCCAGAACCUCAAGCACAAGACCCCUAGCAAGGGAACACCUCAGAAAACCAAGAACCCUGAGCACUUGAGGAACCUUUUAGCACAGAGACACGCCCUGCCCAUCUUCCCUGCCCGGGCAAGACUUCUGGAGGAGCUGAGGAAGAACAACACUGUUAUCAUCAUUGGGGAGACCGGCAGUGGCAAGACAACACAGAUUCCACAGUACAUUCAUGAGGAGAGACUGGACCGCAAGGGUGGGAUCUGCGUCACACAGCCCCGGAGGGUGGCCGCCAUCUCCAUCGCCAAGCGUGUGGCCGAGGAAAUGGACACUAAUCUGGGCGGCCUGGUGGGGUACUCGGUGCGGUUCGAGGAGGCCAUCUGCCCUGCCACAAAAGUGAAAUACGUUACUGAUGGAAUGCUGCUGAGGGAAGCCAUCUCAGACCCUCUGCUCACCAGGUACAGCUGGAUCCUGCUGGACGAGGCUCACGAACGCACCAUAAACACAGACGUUCUCUUUGGGAUUGUGAAGGAUGCACAAAAAACCCGCAGGUCCUUGCCGGGCCAUGACCCGCUGCGGCUCCUCAUCAUGUCAGCCACCAUGGACGUGGACCACUUCAGCCAGUACUUUGGCAACUGCCCGGUGUUGUACGUGGAGGGCCGCCAGCACCCCAUAGAGAUGUUUUACGCCAAGAAGCAGCAGGAGGACUAUGUGAUGGCUGCCAUGACCACUGUGUUCCAGAUCCACCGUGAGGCACCACCACAGCACGACAUCCUGCUCUUCCUCACUGGCCAGGAGGAAAUUGACUCAGUGACAACAAACCUGCGCCAAAUAGCAAAGGACGGGAGCCUGGCGGAGUGCCCCAGGCUGCGGGUGUUGUCGCUGUACGCCGCCCUGCCUGCCCACCAGCAGCUGGAUGUCUUCAGGGCCACAGCAGAGGGUGAGAGGAAAGUCAUCGUGAGCACCAACAUUGCAGAGACCUCCAUCACCAUCCCAGGCAUCCGAUAUGUGAUAGACUGUGGGAGGGCAAAGGUCAGAACAUAUCACCCAGGCAGCGGGUUUGACGCUCUGAAGGUCAAGAAGAUAUCACAGGCCCAGGCGUGGCAGAGGGCUGGCCGAGCGGGGCGGGAGGCGUCUGGCAGCUGCUACAGAGCCUAUACCAGGGCAGAAUUUGAUGCAAUGAAUGUCAAUCCUACACCAGAAAUUCUACGGUCAAACUUGGCCAGUGUGAUGCUGCAGCUGCUGGCGAUGGGGAUAAAGAAUGUGGUGACCUUUGACUUUAUUGAUAAGCCAAGUGCCGAGCUUCUAGAGGCGGCAAUAGUGCAACUCUCCUUCCUCGACGCUGUUGUGAUAAAGUCUGACUCCCUUGAGCUAACAGAGGCCGGCAGGAAGAUGGCUCAGUUCCCCCUGGAGCCACGCUAUGCUAAGGUCAUUCUCUCAGGACCCGAACACGGAUGCACAGAGGAGGUGUUGUCAAUUAUUUCCAUGCUGUCGAGUGAGUCUAUUUUUGUGAACCCGGCUGGCAAGAAGGAGCAAGCAGCCAAUGCCAGGAGAAAGUUCACUUCAGUAGAGGGCGACCACAUCACACUGCUCAAGGUGUUCAGGGCAUUCAAGGCAGCCAAGAAGAACAAGAUGUGGUGUCACGAGAACUUCCUCAAUUUCCGCAACCUGCUGUACGCCACAGAAGUGCGGAAACAGCUGGUGCAGGUCUGUGAGAGGUGUGGAGUGGCUCUGACCUCAUGCCAACAGAAGACAGACUCAGUGCGGAGGUGUCUUGCCACGGGGCUCUUCACCAGCGUGGCCGAGCUGCAGCUGGAUGGGAAGUACCUCACACUGGACACCAAGCAAGAGGCAGCUUUGCACCCCACCUCAGCUUUGUUUGGGGGCAAGCCAGCAUAUGUCCUGUUCACUGAGCUGGUGCAGACAGGGAAGGCUUACAUGCAUCUCAACUCCAUCGUGGACCCCCAGUGGCUGCACGACAUUGCUCCCGAGUACUUCAGGAGGAAACACGUCAAGAGAUGAAGGAGGAGGAGCCUCAGGACAGGGUGAACUGCUUCAGACGGCAAGAUGUGAGGAAUGAGGUGAUGUUCAGUGAGAAAGUAAGGGAAGCUGCAAGAAGCCAUCAGGCCUACUUGUGACAGCUCCUUAUGUGAUGUGAACAGUGACAUGGACCAAAGAGAUGGACAUUCCUGGCUUGAAAAAAUAAGGGAAGCUGCAAGAAGCCAUCAGGUCUUCAUGUGGCAGAUUUUAAUAUGGGUUGUAAACAGUUGGUGAGAUGUUGGUGGCAAAGGAGAUUCUCACUAAUGCAUUGUGGUUUGAUGUCAAGAAGGAAAACUUGAGACCAAUGUAAUGAGGCAAGAUGCAAGAUGGUGGCCAAUAGGACUGACUGAGUGUGACUGACUGACAAGUUCAAAGCACUCUUACAAUAGAUGUGUGUGACAUGAAGAGUGAUACAGAUGUUAGGGAAUGAGUGGAAGGUGUGAGGUGCUGCAUGCUUUCCACUCUUCCACUCCUGAACACAAGUAAUGACAUCAAUUCAUACAAACACAGAUGCUUCUCUCACAUACUUUAUUUAACACCAUAAGAUAACUCUGCUGGAAUGUACAUAAAUAUACAGUAUAUAUAUAUAUAUAUGUGUGUGUCAAAGAUUUACCCUCAGUUCACGGCAACGACGGCUGUUCUUCGUGUCAACAGUCGGUGAACGCAAGGAGUUUACAAUGAAACGUGUUGUGUUCCAAAUUGUUCCUUUUUUACUACUGUACAACUAAUGGACUACCUACACAUAGUAGUAGUAGUAACAAUGUGCGUAUGUUAAUGACUCUGUGCCUUACUGUAAAUUUUUCAUCAAUAAAUAGAUCUUUGUAAAUAAAAGAAAGUUUCCA